CCAUCACCUUGUCACCGACGUCAUAAAAACCCGCUAUGCGCUGCGACUAACGUUCCUACGCCAGUAAACGUGCUUCUUAGGGCGAUAUCGUUGAAGUAGGUCCUAGCUUGUUCGAUGUGUGUACGUUCAGUCUCCCAGCCAUCUUGUAGAAAUCUAAAAGUAUGCUUUUUUGAGGUGUGUGUUGAUUUUAAAGGAUAUUAAAGUGACCAGGAUUAUUUUAUGGGUGAGUUAUAAUCUUUACAAAUCCUAGUGUAGUGUUAUUUAGUGAUCUAAGUGAAAAAAUGAACCGAAACGUGACAAUUUCUGUUCGUAAAGUGUGCCCCUGUCAAAGCUUUCACUCGGUCUCUAAAUACAGGAAAAAUAGUUUUAACACUUAAAAUUAGCAUUAGUAGAAACUUGAGAUUCUAUAUUUGUGUACGGGGUGUUCCUAGUUUCUUAAUAGUUCAGCGUACGAGUGAUAUUCGACGGAUUCGUCAUGAAUUCAGAGGCCAAUAUUGCUUAAGAAAUUUAGCCUUAUUAGGUAGACCUUUGACUUAUCUCUAGAAAUUUGUGUUGCUGUAAAAUUACAGGUAAUGUGAAGUGGCCACCGCGAUAGUGUGAGUGGGGACGAUGUCGGCAGCUAUGCGCUCCACCCUUCAGACCGUGCCGGAAAGUCUGGAGGUGACUAAGAACGCCGACCCCACUAUCGGUUCCACAGGCCAAACGACCAAAACCCCAGUCAAGCCCAUCUUGGACGAGAAGACUCCCAGGUCUCGCAAUUAUCACACAUCGUCGUCCACGAAUAAGAAUUGAAGGAUGAACGAGGCAGUGAGUCCAUGGCUUGAAAACUGCCACGACGCAGGACUGAUAAUGCUAAAGAACCGAAGAGAAAAAAUCACGAACGCAGGAAAAUACUCGGAACGAUACAAAGACAUUUUUUCACACGAAGUGCCCGACGAAGAUAAGUUUUCUUUAAGUGCAAAGUGUCGCGAUACGAUGGAACUAUAUCGUAAACUGUCGAAAGGCGAGAAAUCCGAAGAAACCCCAUCCAAAUUAACGGCGGAAAAAAUGCGACUAAACGCCGCGAGUAAAAGCAACGCUACCAACGAUUUAAAUAAGCAAGAAAACGCUCUUAUCUCCUACAAACUAGUACCCGAAGGUACUCAUAAAGCGAAACACCCGCCAUCUCCUCUUAUUUCACCGAAACACACUAAAUGGACGAAGAAGAACGUUAAUAUUUACAAUGUUACUAACCCUCCUUCUAGUCCUGUCAACACGCCGCCGCCGCCAGGCUUUCCUCCAGUCAUAGCUCUUAGUUCAAUUCUCAACAGAAACAGCAACAACAACGUUGAUAGCACUCUCUCUCACCUCGAUAACGUCGAAAGCAUCAUUAACAAACUAGACCAGGAGGAGAAGAAAGAGCAGAAUUUAAAGAAAUUCGAAGAUUUAGUCAAAAUUUACACUCCCAAACCGGUGGCUAAAGCCAAAAAAGCGUCUCUGGUACCGUUCGAAAUCGGCGAUAAAAAGAAAGAAAGUCACGAUACCAAAAAAUCCGAGGACGAUUUAGAAAACGGUCAUCUGCUGAACCGCAUGAAACAUUGCAGCGAAAUCGAGGAUCUACCCGCUAGAGGACUAAAAGAAGAUAAGCAUGACCCGCAUCCGGCUUUUGAUAGAAACGUUAAAGAGAGAAAGAGCAUGGAUCAGCAAACCAAAGACAGUAAAAAGAGUAAAUCUAAACCGUCGGAACCAUUAUCUAGAACCGCGUCUGACGCUCAGGAUAAGACCAUUAGUAAUGUGAAAAGACAACCUAGGAUUUCUAGGGAUCGGACUCCACGUAAAACCAAUGACAGCACAGUGGAAUCGACGCGCAGCAGUACGGUGUCGGUGCGGAAUCGUCAGCGAUUCGGAGAUGAACCGACCAUCGGAAAAUACAAAUUACUCAAGACCAUCGGCAAAGGGAACUUCGCCAAAGUCAAAUUGGCCAAACACGUGCCCACCGGCAAGGAGGUCGCCAUUAAGAUCAUUGACAAGACUCAGCUGACACCUGGUUCACUGCAAAAAUUAUUUAGAGAAGUAAGAAUAAUGAAAAUGUUAGACCAUCCGAAUAUAGUGAAACUAUUUCAAGUGAUUGAAACUGAUAAAACUUUGUACCUGGUUAUGGAAUACGCGUCGGGAGGAGAGGUGUUCGAUUAUCUCGUUCUCCAUGGGAGGAUGAAGGAGAAGGAAGCGCGAGCGAAGUUUAGGCAAAUUGUCUCUGCAGUACAGUACUGCCAUCAAAAAAGAAUUAUACACAGAGAUUUAAAGGCUGAAAACUUACUGUUGGAUAGUGAAAUGAAUAUUAAAAUUGCCGAUUUUGGUUUUUCAAACGAAUUUACCCCAGGAAGUAAAUUAGAUACUUUUUGCGGGAGUCCCCCAUAUGCAGCUCCUGAACUUUUUCAAGGUAAAAAAUAUGAUGGCCCUGAAGUAGACGUAUGGUCGUUAGGCGUCAUCCUCUACACCUUGGUCUCGGGCAGUCUACCGUUCGACGGAUCGACGCUGCGAGAGCUCAGGGAACGUGUACUACGCGGCAAAUACCGAAUUCCCUUCUACAUGAGCACCGACUGCGAGAACCUCCUCAAAAAGUUUCUCGUCCUCAAUCCAGCCAAACGGGCCAGUUUGGAAACCAUUAUGAAAGACAAGUGGAUGAACCAGGGGUACGAAAAUGACGAACUGAAACCGUACGUCGAGCCGGAGCAGGACAUGAGCGACCCCAAGAGGAUAGAAGCUUUAGUAUGUUUAGGUUUUAACAGGUACGAUGUAGAAAACUCGUUAGAUUCACAGAAGUACGACGAUGCUUUCGCGACGUACCUGCUCUUAGGAAGGAAAAGUAUAGAUCCGGAAAGCGACGGCAGCAGGAGUGGUAGCAGUUUGUCCCUGCGCAACAUGACAGGGCAACAGCAGGCGACCCCCCAACCAGCCGUACAGAGUCCUCAACACAGAGGCGUGCAUCGUUCGAUUUCGGCGACGCACGCCAAACCGAACAGAAGGGCAUCUAGCGGAGGUGAAACUCUAAGAGCGGGCGCUCAACCGCAAGUACCUGCCGCGCAAAUUAACAACCAACAAUCAUCCGGUUUCAAACGUCAAAAUACCGUUGACAGUGCUACGAUUAAAGAGAACAGUGCCAGACUUAAUGCCAGACCUGCCAGUGCUCAACCCAAAACCACCACCGACAAUAGCAAGGAAAACGCAGAACAAUGGACCCGAGGCGGUUUAAUACAUCAUCAUAAUGUUAGAUUAACGCUAGGGGAUACAGUAUUAGCCCCGACUUUGGGAAUCAGAUUACAAGGCCGACGAUCUACCAUAAGCUACGACGGCAAGUCAGAUAGUACAGAAAAAACGAAUUUGACCACUACAGACGUACCAGGCCGCACAAGUGCUUCGCCCGCAGUGACCAGGCAGCAAGCGUUCCCCAGGAAUACAUCAUCCAGGAGCACCUUCCAUUCGGGACAGACCAGGCCUAGGGCGACGUACGCUCAAGGAUCGCCGGGAGAUUCACCCCACACGAGACCCUCAUUUUUUUCAAAAUUUAGUCUCAAGGGCUUCACGAAAAGUGAUAGAAGUCAUCUUGAAUCUAACCAAACCGGUCCGACAAACAGAGCUUUAGUACAAGGUGCCCCAAACGAAGACCACGUGAAGCCACGGUCGCUGAGGUUCACCUGGUCGAUGAAGACGACUUCGAGUCGAGAUCCGGCCGAAAUAAUGGCCGAAAUCCGCAAAGUGUUGGACGCCAACAAUUGCGAUUACGAACAACGCGAGAGGUUCCUGUUGCUCUGCGUGCAUGGAGACCCUAACACGGACAGUUUGGUGCAAUGGGAGAUUGAAGUGUGCAAGCUUCCCAGGUUAUCUUUGAAUGGUGUGCGGUUCAAGAGAAUUUCUGGUACCAGUAUUGGAUUUAAAAAUAUUGCUAGCAAGAUAGCAAACGAACUGAAGCUGUGACUGCUUGUCAAAGAGCCGCAAAUAGCCAGCGAGCCAACGUAGAAAAAGUGUUAAGCAGAAUUAUGUGUUUGUAGCGACUUCCAUCUCAAAAAUAAAAAAAUCUUUAGUGUUUCGGAAAAAUGUGUACCAGUUGACUAUCUGUUUAGAGUUUCGGUUUACAAAAAAUAUAUAUAUAUACCUACAAGAAAAUUAUGAAAGUUUAAACACCAAUAUUUGGCUUCAGUCUCACUGUAUUUUUCGAAUAUCUCUACAGAUUUAGUUGAUAAGAUUAAUCCAGACUCAGUUUAUUUGUGAUAUGUGGAAUUGAUUUAAGAUCGUACGAAAUUCUAUACAAAAAAAAACAAAUUUGCGGGAUUUACCAACAAUAUGUAGGCAGUACUCUCUGGCAAAUCCAAACAAGAUGGAUAGGCAGAAAAUUAAAAACGUUUGUGUAGCUUUAAAAUUAUUUUUCUUUUUAGUAAAUAUUGUUUUUGGCCUUCAUUGUUAAGUUAUGAACAAAAUCGACUUCUAAAUAAAUUAAUAAUUUUGGAAUUGGUUUGAACUCAAAUUUCGAAUUAAUACAUGAUCGAAGGCAAAGACUAUCACUGUCAAUAAUACGAAAUACGAAGUCGUUAUUUUUAAAAAAUCAUCAGAAAAUCUUGUGCGUCGAAUUUUGGCUCUCGUAACCUUACUCAACUUAAUGAGACUUCUCGAGAAAAUACUCAACAUGCCAUCAAGGGUCCUGCUAUUAGCAAAUCACAAAUUUUAGAAAGCCAGUUAGAUUUUGUCUACAAUAGUUAUUUAUAAGCACUUUUAAAACAAGAAGUGGCUGAGAAUCAAAUAAAAAACGAGAGAAUGUGCUCAAUGGACAAAUAAUGUUUUAAUGAGAUUCAAAAAGAGACUGAUCUAUUGUUUUUUUUUUAUUUUUGUUCUCAUUAUCAUGCCUCCUGCACUUUAAUAAAAUGUCAAAGUAAUUAAAACAAUGGAAUACAUGAAAAUAAUUUAUAAAAUGAUAGUAUGAAAAUGAUUGUUAAGUUAAGAACUGAAAGUUUUAUGAAAUAAGGCAUAUUCGGUUCUAAACCGUUGACAGCUGUGACAUAUUUUAAUCCGUCAAAUUUUGUUGUAACCGUUUUUCAUUUCUAGACGAAGUUAAUAGAAGGAUAAAAAUUAUAGUGCAUAAAUGUGCUGCUUAUUUUGCACUUUUAUGGAGUUGGAAUGGAUAAUUUCCUUUCCGGGUAUUCAGGGUUAAUGGCCUGCUCAUUAUGCACUGCCAUUUUCCAUCUACUGAAAUUAAAUUUAAAAAUACAGUGCUUUUUCCGUAUUUAAUUCAAAGGCCUAUAUAUUGCUGGUACAUCCUACAUACUUUCGUAGAUCUCUCGUCCUUAACUCUUUUUUGUUUAAUUUUUUUCUCCAAUAGAACAGCUUUUUCAAAGACUCAAAGAUCGUGGAUUGACAUUAGUGGUACUUGAAUAGUGUUACGUUUUAAAAACGGAUUUAAAAAGAAUAAAUAAAAUACCCUUGUAUUAUUUUAUAUCGAUUCAUAAAUAUUUAUUGUAUUUAGUUUCUUUGGAUUUUGCCUUUACUUAAUUUUUGAUUCUAUCCAAUUUUUUUUGUCGAGUUUUAUUGAAUACGCAGACUAUAGUGUGCACCAUUUGUGUUGCGUCGGAUUUAAGCAUCUUUUGUGAUUUUUAGAGAUGGCCAAAAAUCCUUAUAUUCAUUUUUUUUUAAAUCAAGUGUCUCGAAAUUGUAGUUCAAUAAUUUUUUAUGCUGGACGUUAAAGAAUUUUUGAAAGUUUGUGAUUCAGGAUAGAGCUUCCAUUUUUGUAAUGCAAAAUCGAUUUUGUGCUUUUUAUUGUAAAAAAUUACUGUUUAGAACAAAAAUUAAUGUGAACUUAUUACUAAAUUAUGAAUAAUAAACGGAUUUUCAAUUAGUGUACUGGGUAUUUUAAAUUACAUCCAAGAUUUUAAAUGGUAUAAAAACAUCACAUAAACGAUCUGAUUAAUAUUUUUAUGAUGUUUUUCGAGGUUUGUUUCUACAUUUUUUUUUUUAUAAUUUUCAAUGUUUCUGCUUAUUCCACUCAAUAAAGGAGGUGUAGAGUGCGUGAGGAGGGACCUUGUUCUGAAGUGCUUAGGGAGUAAACAUAGUAAAAUUCCUGACGUCUGUGAGAUGAGUCACAAAGAGUGGAGCACAGAGAAGGUCCAACUUUUGGAAUUUUCGCUUAUAUCUCGGAAACGAUGCGUCGUAGGGAAACAUUUUCUUAUACAACCUUCAUUCUAUUAUCUUUUUUCGAAAUCACAACAGUUUUUAAGUUGCACGUUCCGGAAAAGUGAAAAUAUUCGAAAAAAUGAGUCUUGCUUUACAUUUUUCAUCAAACAUUCCUUCAUAUCGUCUAAACUAUUCAUUUGAGAAAGAAAUUCGUUUAAAGGAAUUGCAUUCCCGUUGUAAAUAGUAACAUUAGAAUAUGAACGAUUUAAAAUUUCCAUGUGAUGUGUGUCAAAAGUAAAAAAUUGAGAAAAGGAACUGUAUUUAUUUUUGGAAAAAUUCUAAAAAUUGGACAAUUUUGUUUUUAAAUUUUAGACUUUUUGACGUAAUAAUCGGAUAUACUGGGUGAUGUGAGUAAAUGUAGUAAUGAGUAAUUUUUAUUGCAUAUUCUGACAUUCCAUCCAAUUGCCAACAUGAUAAUAAGUUUGUGGUCUUACAUAGGGAAAUUUUAGAGAAAAAUAAUUAUAAAGACGGGAAAAUUCAUCUCAAAAAAUGCAGAAUUUAAAGAUAAACCUAUCUUUUGAUUUUUUUCAAAAAUCAAUAUUUUUCCUAUCGAAUUUAUUGCGUACUUCUGACUCACUGUAAGUUAAAUCUAAUUGAUUAAUAAUUGUACAUUUUUACAAUAUCAAGCUGUUUUGUCUUUUCUGUUUUUAAAAAAUAGUUUUGACGAAAAAAAAAAAAAUCGACAGUUCUCGAUAAUUAACAGAUUAUUAAAAAAGUGUGGAGAAAAAUUUAUUUAAACACUAUGAGGAUUAUUUUGUUAACCUUAAUAGAAUGUUUGUUGAAAAGGUGUGCAUUUUCAAGACCAAUUUCUCGGUUCUUUCAAAUUUUAAAUAUCAGGUCCAGUUUCAUAGAUAUUUGGGCAAUACCGAAAUGGGCUAUAGUCAUUUUACUUAAUUAACACUGCUUACAUUUUUGUUGAAGAUCAAAAACCGCUUAACCUGGCGAAGCUAAAUUUUCAAAACGACAUUUCGUCCUUAAAGCGCCUUCCUCAACAUUUCUUUUUUAAUACCGACCUGUACUUUUAUCUCAUUUUUGCUACCUCCAUUUUCUUCUUUAUCCAACUAUGUGUAAUCAAAUUACAUUAAAUAUUUUUAAGUUUUUAUAAUGAUUUAAAGAAAUUUUAUAAGUAGAUAGGUAAGAAGAAAUUAAAUUUCCUUCAGAAAUAUAGUACAGGGUCUCUAAGGAAAUUUCUUUCUCAGACGAAUAGUUAAGUCGAUAUCAAGGACUGUUUAUUAAAAAGUGUGAGGUAUAAUUCUUUUUUCGAAAAUUAAUAUAAAGGUUGUAGAGAAUUUCAUGAACUUUCAGUUGGUAUCAGAACAUUUUCCCUAUGACGCAUCGUUUUCGUGAUGUAAGCUAAAAACCCAAAAGUGGAAGCUUCUUUGUCGCUCCUCCCGCUCACCUCCUAGACGUCAGGACUUUUAGUAUGUUCACUCCGUAAGCACCCUGAACAAGUUUCUAAAGAAAUCGCUUGAGUUCCCGCUCAGACACUUUACAACUCCUUUUGGGCCAUUCGUUGACUGAACUAGCUAUGAAACCACUCGUAAUUAACUGAAAUCUAGGCAAUGUUAUAUAAGUCAAAAUUAUGACAAGUGGCAGGUGACGGAUGUUAGGGUUAAUGACGUUUAAUUAAAAAUUAUCAUGUUUCCAGUAAUGACAGUUAAAAAUUGUUAAAUUAAUUUUGAAUUUAUAAAAAAAAGUUAUUAACUCACAAUAUCGAGAUAUUUGAUGUGUCCUGUCGAUCAUAUUCAAUCUUAUAACCAUCCGACUUCGAUCUAGUCGCCGUGUUUAUAAUUUUUUAUGUGAUUUAUUUUUAUAUAUACAUAUAUAAAAUAGUGCGAAUCCCUGAGUCACAAAUUAAUGGACAUUUUAGCGGUGCGCGAGCACUUGAAAAACGUUUUUUCAAAUUGAAUUUGUAUAUAUUGUAUGAAAGUUGCGUGCAAGACUGAAUGUUUUAAAUUAUAGAGAUGUAAUAUUUUUAACAAAUUUUACUGCAUUUGCAUUUAUCAGGUUGACAUAUUUCGAUUGGCAGAAAUCAGUGCUGGGGUUUUUAAACUAAGUUGAUAAGGAUAAAAAUGUUAAAUGUCAUUAAAAAAAACUCGGUAUACAAUGUUAUUAUGAAAUAUGCUUACAAUACUCUACUGAAGGUAAUUAUUAUAAAAUUACAGAAAAUGAGAUAAUAAAUAUGGUAUUUGAGUUUGAAGUUUAAAUAAAACAUUACGUUUUAUAAUAAGUCGAUUUUAAAAUACACUUUUUAUGUGUUAGAAACAUAUUGACGCGCAUUUUAGAAGUGUAGCAACAUUUUCUACGCAAAUGACUGUAUGUUUCUUUUUUAAAUAAUAUAUGCCAAUUUUUACCUAACAAUGCCUAACAUUUACUUAAAUUCCGUUUUUCAGAAAUAUUUGACCUACGUUUCUUAUCUCCAUCACUUUAUAAACACUAUAUUCAGUAAAGCGUUCUAAGUAUAUUUUAUAAUUACCCUGUAGUUGUACUAGUAUCGCCCUCUUUAUGGUAUAGUCCAAUAAAAAUUGACCAAUUUCCGGUAUCGGAAAGUUUAGUUAAUUAUUUCCCGUCAGACCAACAUACUUUUUUGAUACUUUACACAUUAUAUUAUCUAAAUUUUUGAAAUAAAAUUUCUUGAUAUCUGUAAUGUGUUUUGUGAGAUAUUAAACUAUUUUGUUAUAAUUUUAACUGUAUUGCACUUGUGUCGAUUGUUAAAAUCCGUCUUGACGACUAUCAAUAAUUAAGGAUCAUUGGAUUUUAUAAUAUAAUCCAAUCAGUAGUAGUUUAAUAGUGCAAAAAAUACUGUAAGUCUAUUUUUGUUUUUGUUUUAUUUCUAAUCUAAUGGUUUCAGCAAAUUCAAAUACCUACUAUAUUUACUUUCUUACUUACUUACUUUCUGUUAUUAUAAUAGCUGAUGACUACUUAAAAUUUCCUUAACACAGUUUUUUAUAAAACAAUAAAAAAAUAAAAAAUAUCGAUCUAAAACCAUAAUAAACUCUAUGUAAACCGAAUUGUAAGCAUAAAUUACAUGUUGUUUGGUUGACAUUUAGCAUACUGCGCGAGUUUCGAUAUACAGGGCGAAUCCUAAGUUGAUAAUUUUUUAAACUGUAUAUGUCAUUAAAAUAAACAAUUUUUUCGAAUAACUUUAAAAAAAAAAACAAAAAUAAGAAACGUACAUUACAAUGUACUCAAUACGGUCCUGUAAAUAAUGUAUUCAAAGUUUUCACCAUUCACCGAAGUGUUCAAACACAAGCUAAACUGUUCACUCCACGUUCUAUACAACACCGAUGAAUCAAACCCAAGUAAAUUACAGUGACCAAUGAAAACCUAAAAUAGAAGAUAAAGAAGUUUUUUUAAAGUUAUUUGAAAAGAUGUUUAUUUUAAUGACUUCUAUACACAGUUAAAAAAAUAUUAACUUAAGAUUCACUCUUUAUACUGAGGCACAAGUCGAAGUAGCGAAAAACUAAAAUUAUCUACAAUUAAUAAAAAAGAAGCCCAAUUUAGUAAUGUCAUCUUUAUUCAUUGGUUAUAUAAAGCUUAAAUGCAUUCAUAACAAAGUUUUAAAAUAAUGCUGUGCUUCAAAUGAUACAAAGUCAUAUUCAAAUUUAUCACUAAAAUUAUAUCUAGUAACUUUUUAGUAUAUUUUCCCUGUGUAAAUGGGUCUUUUCAAUCCGCUUUUCCUAGUUCAAAAAUGAAGCGUAUAUUUGGAUGGUUACAAAUCUAUACAUAAUGUUUAAUUGGUAAACGUUCAAACGGUAACUGUGGAUAUGGCUGUGUGAUUAUCAAAAUAAAUAAUCGAUUAUUUUUUAUUCAAUUAUUUUCGAUCAUUUAAUUAAUCGAUUAAUCAGUUGUUUUCGUUUAAUCUAGAUAUCAAUUUAUUGAUCAAUCUAAUAAUCGAUAAUCCGGUUAUUCGGAAAUUAUCAGUUUUACGAUUAAUUAAAAAUAAUCGAUUUUCUAUUGCUUGAAAAUAACUGUUUAAUGGAAAAUAAUCGAUCUCUAAAAUUAAUCGAAUAAUCAAAAACAAUGGAUUAAGCGAUUAUCGAUUAUUUUCGAUAGAAUUAAUCGAUUAUUUUGCACACCCCUAACUGUGGAUAGGUUUUAAAGUUGGUUCUAAAUUACCUUUGGAUAAUGGUUUUCGUCAUUAAUAAAAGAGAUACAGGUUGUUUUGAUUUAUUUUGCUCAUUUCUUUCGAAGUUUAUAACUAACAAACCAUCCUAUAUGUAUAUAUAUUUUUGAAAAUUGGUUUAUACAUUGUUUUCCUUACACGGCUCCAGCCACUGUCGAAAAGAAAUCCAGGUCCGGAUUAACAAAAACUUAUAAGUUGUGUCAUGAAAACAACAUCCUGUAUAUCAGAAUUUUUAAAAUCCAGUUGUUAUUUUAAAAGAAUUUCAAAAAGUUCAUCAUUGUUAAUUAAUUAAGAAAAUAAUAUACUGUACUUGUAAAAUAUCUCUAGUAGUAAGUACUUUCUGUAUCUCAUUACCCUCUCUUAAAAGUAUAAGUACAAGUCCGGUUUUAGAACUUUCUAAUUAUUUUUAUAACAAUUAAAAAAUACUUCAGGAACAUUCAUACAUUUUUUAGAUUCCAACUAAGUGUAUAAUAGACAAAAAGUUACAAAAAUUGUUUUAAAUCACACCCAUUUUGUAAUGCUCCUUAUUGCCUUUCUAAUGAUGUUUGGAUUAUUUCUUAAUUUUUCACAAGUGUCUUUCCUUUGUAGAAGUUCUUUCUUACUAGUUAUCUCUGAUACGCUUUAGACUACAGGAAUCCCCAAAUUCAGUAAGUAUUACAUGAUUAUUAUAUACAUUUAUAUAAAUAUAAGGUACUCUUCUCAUAAACUCUAAAUCAGAAUAAAAACUAUAAUUUUAUAUUCAUUAAACAUCUGUAACAAUCAAUCGUAAGUGACGCCUAAGAACUCCUCUUCCAACAUGGCGACCGAGGGUGUGCAAAUAAAAUAGACAUACUUAUUAGGACAGGUUGCUCUGAUACUCUGAACAUUCCAGUAUGAAAUCCAUGCACAUUUAUUUUAAAUAUAUACUUGCCCUACUUUUAUCUUUGUGAUUUUUAAAUUUAGAGAUCCGAAUCAUUAGCUCGUCCUGAUAUAGUUCUAUAAAUUCAAACGUUUGAUCGUUAGUCCACGCCACCAUUGUAAAUUUUUCAAGAAUCGCUCCUUAGUACCUACUACAUUCAAAUACAAACUGAUAAAUCGGCGAUCGUGUGGACACACAAAAGCAACUACCUUUGAUCUGUGUGUGAAAAACAACAACUCAUUCAUCAUUGCCAACCAUGGCGAUCACCGACAAAUAGGUUUUCCACACGAUGGUGAACCCAUGAUGGCUAUAGUGUAUAGGAGCCAUAAAAUGCAUAUUAGGAUGUCCCUAUAUAGUUUAGUUUUAUUAAUACAAUCUUUGUUAUAGAGACAUUAUUUGCAGCAAAAUAGAUUUACUCUAAUUUCGCACUACGAACUCACUCUUUUUAGACUAAUCAAUUGGACAAAUACUAAAGAGGGUCUAACUUCGCAACUCAAGAACCGUUUAACAAAUACUUAGAACUGAUUAAAUAAUAAUUGUAUAUGAUGAAAUAAAAUGUAUGCCAUUUUCCUUAAGAGGUCUCAUAAAAUAUAAACUGUUAUCCUGUACAUACUAAAAAAUAAACCAGUUUAUGUGAAAUACUGUGAUGCAUCGGAAAAUACUUUCUCCGAAAGCUUCGAAAUUGUGAUUUUUUUUAGAAAUAAAAUUAUGUAAAAACAGAUUAAUAUAGAGCUUAUUAAAAAAAAACUAUGAAAUUUACGGAGAAUUUAUUUUCCAAUCUUGAGACAGUUUAUGCAUUCAUAUUUUGGCAAAAUUAGUCAAACAUUGAACAAUAACUGUCUGUAAAAUGUAUCGCAUUGUGUAUAUUAUAAAUAGUAGAAGAUGCAAUAAUUUAAAAAGUAAGUAAUUUAUGGAAUCUUAUAUUUCCUCAUUUUCAAGUAAGAUCCUUCCUUUAUCAGAUUUAGAAUAUAAAAUGAAGAUCAUUUUCUUUAUUUUAUAACGUUUGUUUAUUUAAGUGAAACGGUAACAGAGUUUAUCAUUCUCAAAAACUUACAACUAUCAUUAAAUUUAGGCUUUCAACGAUUAAAUCUUGUUUUCGUUUCUUUUUGGGAAAAACGUUACUUUGACGUGAAACAGCUGCAAUAUAGUCUGAAAAAAAUGCAAUAUUUUGACAGACUUUAUGUUGAAGUUGACAUACGCACAUCAAAUUGACGGCAUUUUGCUAAGAAUAUGUUUUGGUAAAUUCUGUCAGAAUCGUUUCUAAUAGAGUCAAUCUUGCUCAGGCUUUAAAAAUACUCGAUUUUCCUGUGAAAUGUGAAUGUAGUAUAUCCAUUAACAUAAAAAAAUGUCAGAUAUGUUCAUCAUGAGUGUACUUAGAAAAAAAAAGAACUCCAUCUUCAUCUUGUUAAAAAUAAGCCUUACUUUUUCUAGAUUAGUAAAUAAGUGUCGUUUAGAAAAAGAAUCGUUGUGUAUUAAGUUGACCAAUUAAAUAUUUUGGGAGUUUUUUCAUGUAUUGCUUGUAUUUUACUAUCAAUAAACCAAAAUGCUUUGUUGUUCAAGUUAUUGGUUAGAUUGUUACAGAACGAUUCAAGAUUUUUUUCGUUUGACUUGUACAUUAUUACGAUGUUUUUUUCAGUAAAUUAGGUUUGUAUUAUAUUUUAUAUAUAUAUUUUGUUUUUGCUAGUAGGAAAAGUAAGGUUCUGUUUCAUUGGAUUUAUAAUAUAGUAAUAUACUAUGAAGUAUAAUAAUUGUUAGAAGAACAGCUUAGAUUAGUCGAUUACGCUGUAAAGAGCAUUGUUUGCUUUUCCAUAAAAAUACAAUUCUUUCACUGGGGACGGGCACUUUAUGUUAGUUAAGCUAUUGAUCAUUUAUAAUAA